GGGGCGUGUGCGGUCGAUUGGCGCCCAGGACACCGGUGCGGAGGCGGCGCCUCGCCAUACUCGUUGUGCACAGCAACGCGGCGAGCUGGGCGCUAGCAGCUUCGGCUCAGAUUUCUGAAGCCAGUUGGAGUAAAGGAAACCCAUCCCAUCUCACCGCAAGGAAGGCACCUUUUCUGACCAUGUCUACCAUAGCCAUUGCUGAACCAGAUGGGGAUGAGCGGGACAGGCGCACCAGCAAGCUCGUUUUCUUCCUCUUUGUCUUUGGUGCUGUCCUGUUGUGUGUGGGACUCCUGCUCUCCAUCUUUGGGUACCAGGCCUGCCAAUACGAACCUCUCCCAGACUGCAGCAUGGUGUUGAAGGUUGCUGGGCCCUCAUGUGCAGUGGUUGGGCUCGGUGCUGUGAUACUGGCCCGCUCCCGGGCACGACUUCAGCUACUGGUGGGAAGGCGGCGAGGCAACCAGGUCGACUCUAACCAAGCUUUCCUCUGUGGAGAGAGCCGCCAGUUUGCCCAGUGCCUGAUCUUUGGGUUUCUGUUCUUGACAAGUGGCUUGCUCAUUAGCAUCCUGGGCAUUUGGGUCCCUGGAUGUAGCUCAGACUGGGCACAGGACCCACUGAAUGAGACGGACACUACCAACACAGAGUCCCAGAUCUGUGGGUUCCUUUCCCUGCAGAUCAUGGGGCCGUUGAUUGUGCUCAUGGGAUUGUGUUUCUUUGUGGUUGCCCAUGUUAAGAAGAAAAACAACUUGAGUGUGAGCCAGGAUGCCUCUGAGAGCGAAGAGGGACAUGUCCCCAGCACAGAGCCUGUCCACGUCACUGUGGGUGACUCAGUGAUAAUAUUCCCACCCCCGCCGCCACCGUACUUUCCCGAGUCUUCCACAUCUGCAGGAAGCCAAAGUCCUGGGGCCAACAGUUUGCUUCCCACCGACAGCCCUCCUCCUUAUUUCAGCCUUUUCAGCCAUGGGACCUUAGCCCCUGAGAACCGGGACGGGGCCAGUGAGCAAGAGCACGAAUUUAUAUACACCAUUUCUGGGACUCACUCGCCUCCUGAGAUCUCACACACUCCACGAGUCUCUUUGGAAUUGCCCCCGAGAUAUGAAGAGAAAGAAACUCCCACAGCCACAUUUUUGUCUCCACCUUCUGGGCCUUCUGCACCAUGAACUUUGGACUCCAGGGCAGUUUUAUAUAUCAUGGGACACUAUUUUAUUUAACUUGUUUUUUAAUAAAAAAUAAAUUUGACCACUUUGGCUGUGUUCCCAUU